CGAGUGUGUUUUCGCGCGCGUGUGUGGUUGCCGCGAGUUCGUGCCCUCGCGUGCCUGUGACUUUGCGUGUGAGUGUAGUUUUUAGUCCAAAAUGACCAAGGCGGACAAGCUUAAGGCCAAGCAGGCCAAAAGGCGAUCGCUGAUUGAGUCUAUGCGACGCUCACUGCAGUUCGCAGUGGAUUACACCCCCGAGCUACAAGAUCAAGUGCCUGAUCGUCUUGCAAGAUUGGUGAAGUGUUGGGAAUGUUUCCAAUCGAUCCAUGAAGAGUGUGAAGAGCUAGAUGAAUCGGAAAACGCUACCAGAAGCAACGAUGAUAUCCUAGCGCAAACGGAAGAUCUAUUUUUCGAAACCAAGGCUGCGUUAUCAAAGCUAGUGAAAAAGGAGAAAGAAGAGCAACCACGCUCAAAGCUCGUAAGCGUGAAACUACCCACUAUAUCGUUGCCGGUUUUUAGUGGCGAGGUAACGCAAUGGUUGUUAUUUCAUGACACUUUUGUUUCUCUUGUGCACAACUGUGACGAUAUCGCACCUAUACAAAAGUUUCAUUACCUGCGCGCGUCAUUGAAAGGGGAAGCGGCAGGAAUAGUGCACCCAAUUCCCAUUUCUUCGGAAAAUUAUACUGUGGCAUGGAAAGCUUUGCUUGACCGGUAUGGUAACAAGCCGUAUCUACGUAAAAUGCACACGCGUGAAUUAUUUGGGUUGCCUUCCAUGAUCAAUAGUGGUGCGCAAGAGCUUCGACAAUUAGUGAGCAAAUUCCAGCUGCAUAUUGACAUUCUAAAACAGCUAGGAGAAACCGUUUCGGAUGAUAGUAGCAUUAUCAUGGAAAUUUUGGCCAGCAAGCUCGACAAGGCAUCGUUGAAGGCUUGGGAAGAACACUACGCUCAGGAGGAAGCUUUGUUAACCUAUCCUAGCAUGACAGCAUUUCUGCUUAAAAGAGCGCAAGCGAGUGAGUCUCUAGCGUUGCAGGUAGGAAAUCGUGUUAGCUCUUCCAACGCAAAGGUACCAAACCAGAAAACAUCUAAAAGGCUUAGUGUCAAUGCUGCAAGCAUGAAAGGGAACAAUGUGGUUCCUUGUGUUUUGUGCUCUAAAGACCAUUAUUUAUGGCAAUGCCAAGCAUUUCUGGAUCUUAAGCCUAAGGAUCGACAGAGUGCUGUUAAUGGCAAAGAACUUUGUGGCAAUUGCCUACAAAAGGGGCAUUUUGCAAAAUCAUGCCGAUCAAGAUAUACGUGCCAGCAAUGCAAAAAGAAGCAUCACACAUUGCUACAUUUCGUGGAAGAUGCUAAACAGCCCUGUGAAAAAGGUUCGUCUGAUUCGAGCAUUAUGGCAGCUGCGCAUGUAAAUAGUGUUGAUCGUGUAUCCAAAAACGUGUUGCUUUCAACUGUGUUGUUGGAAGUAAAUGAUGCAUAUGGACAAAGGCAUCUCGUGCGUGCGCUGUUGGACAAUGGUUCGCAACCUAACGCCAUUAGUGAGUCGCUGUGUCAACAAUUGCAUUUGCCGCGGAAAAAAGUGAACAUUUUGAUCGUUGGUGUCGACGGAAUAGAAUCCAGUGCCAAUCAUGAAGUUCGUGCAAAGGUACAGUCGCGCGUUACCAACUAUUCGGCGGAAAUGGACUUCUUAGUGUUGCGAAAAGUGGCGUGUGAUACUCCAUCCCACGAAGUCCCAGUGCAAAAGUGGAAUAUACCUGCAUCAUAUCCUCUCGCAGACCCGCAUUUCUGCACGCCCGGUCGUAUCGAUAUGAUUAUUGGAGCAGGGUAUUUCUACUCACUAUUGUGUGACGGUAGAUAUAGUCUACCAAACAAAGGCGUGCUGGUCGAAAGUGUUUUCGGCUGGAUUAUGACCGGUGACAUUCCUGCUAUAUCGAGUGAUGCGGUUCGGUGCAAUGUGGUAGCCGUCCGUCCUACGAUCGAAGAACAAUUGGAGCGAUUCUGGAAGAUCGAGGAACUCCAGGUGAGCGAAUACUCUUUUGAUGAAAAGGAGUGUGAAAGGCAUUUUCAACAAACCGUUUCGCGUGAUGGAAGCGGCCGUUAUAUUGUUCAAAUGCCCAAGCAGCCCAACUUCAAGGAAAUAAUAGUGAAAGAGUUACAGUCGGCUAAAACGAUCCUGUUCCAUAUGGUGCAAAGAGAAGUGUUUUCAGACGAUAUUCGCGCUAUCACAAAGGGAAAGUGUCUAACAAAGAGCUCAUCCAUUCGAUUGUUGAAUCCAUUCCUCGAUUCUUGUGGAUUAUUACGCGUUGGUGGCCGGGAUCAGCAUCAUAAAACAUUACACGGUGGAGUUACAAUGACCCUUUCGUCCCUGCGUGAUGAAGUGUGGAUUCUGAAUGGCAUGCGGGCCGUUCGUAGUGUACUUCGAACCUGCUAUCGGUGCAUAAGGGCCAAUCCAGUUCCAAUAGCACAACCUAUUGGUCAGCUACCAGUGUCACGUGUUACGUAUCAGCUUGUUCAGAGAUAUGCCCAGGGUUUCUGGCACCGUUGGCGCAACGAGUAUGUGAAGUCGUUAAACGGUCAUCGCAACGUCAAACGGAGCAUUCAGGAGCUGAAU